UAGUUAUUAUCUCCACAAAAAAAUGAGCAACCUUAUUAGUUCUCUCGAAUUCUCAUCUCUUACACUUGAAGACCCAUGGCCUGCUUUCUAGCCUAAUUUCCUUUGAGAAUCUUUUUUUUUUAAAUUCUGAGUCCUUGUUUUUUCAUCAUUUUUCUAAAACGCUUUCUAAAAAUCAUGGGGACUGGAGAAAAAAACCUGAAAAGCUUCCAUUUACAUCGCAAACAAACGGUCAAAAACAAAGAUAUUCCAAAAGGAUGCUUAGCGAUCAAAGUUGGAUCACAAGGAGAAGAGCAACAAAGAUUUAUAGUUCCUAUUUUGUAUUUAAAUCAUCCGUUGUUCAUGCAGCUCUUGAAAGAAGCAGAAGAUGAGUAUGGAUUCGAUCAAAAGGGCACCAUCACGAUCCCUUGCCAUGUGGCUGAGUUUCGUUACGUUCAAGCUUUGAUUGAUGGAGAGAGAAUGGUUUAUCAUGGUAAUAAUAACCAUCUUCAUAAACAUAGCGGUCGUGAGCUGUAUCAUCCUCUUGUUGGAUGUUUUAGAGCGUGAUGAACGAUGUGGAUGAGGAGGAUGAAUGAAUGCUCGUAUGUGCUUCAAUUUUCAAUCCUUGUGGAGUUGAGGAGCCAAAACUGGCCUAACCCAAGAAUAAAGUGAUUUUUCUGUUUUCUUUUUACGAUUUUAGUAUAUUUUCUGUAAUUUGUAUGGGAUAUCAAGUUAAAAGAAAGUUAUUUUUCUGAUUUUA